UGCCCCUUACUAGGUUCUAACUAACUCUGGGAAAGGACCUGAUCCUUUUCGUGGACAGCUCCAUGCAAACCUCUCAGCACCCAGCAGUAGAAGAGAGCAGGAGGUCUCUUAGAGGUGGCUUUAUAGAAACUCCAGGUGGAAAUUCUUCUGAGAAGGCACGAUGAUAGUGGUGACUGGAGUCAUGUCAGCCCCUGAACUGGGGUCCAGUGCCACCACUCCAGCUGCGGCUCCCAACUUCUCUUGGAUGCCCAAUGAUGGCAGCCCCACAGCAGUGGAGCAACCGAUAUUUCUAAUGACUACAGCUGCUCAGGCCAUUUCAGGUUUCUUUGUGUGGACAGCUUUGCUCAUCACCUGCCAUCAGAUCUAUAUGCAUCUGCGCUGCUACAGCUGCCCUAAUGAGCAGCGCUAUAUUGUCCGGAUCCUUUUCAUUGUGCCCAUUUAUGCCUUCGACUCCUGGCUCAGCCUCCUGUUCUUCACCAAUGACCAAUACUAUGUUUACUUUGGUACUGUGCGGGACUGCUAUGAAGCCUUUGUGAUCUACAACUUCCUCAGUCUCUGCUAUGAGUACCUUGGUGGGGAGAGCUCCAUCAUGUCUGAGAUCAGAGGGAAAUCAAUUGAAUCCAGCUGCGUGUAUGGGACUUGCUGCCUGUGGGGAAAGACCUAUUCCAUUGGGUUCCUGAGAUUCUGCAAACAGGCCACUCUGCAGUUCUGUGUGGUGAAGCCCCUCAUGGCAAUCAGCACGGUCAUCCUCCAGGUCUUUGGCAAGUACCGGGAUGGUGACUUUGAUGUCACCAGUGGCUACCUCUAUGUGACGAUCAUCUACAACAUCUCAGUCAGCCUGGCGCUAUACGCCCUCUUUCUCUUCUACUUUGCCACGCGCGAGUUGCUCAGCCCCUACAGCCCAGUCCUCAAGUUCUUCAUGGUCAAGUCUGUCAUCUUUCUGUCCUUUUGGCAAGGCAUGCUGCUGGCUAUUCUGGAGAAGUGUGGCGCCAUCCCCAAGAUCCACUCAGCCAACGUGUCUGUGGGUGAGGGCACUGUAGCUGCCGGCUACCAGGACUUCAUCAUCUGUGUGGAGAUGUUCUUUGCAGCCCUUGCUCUGCGCCAUGCCUUCACUUACAAGGUCUAUGCAGACAAGCGCCUUGAUGCACAAGCUGUUCCAUCAUACGGGCCAUACGGUCGCUGUGCCCCAAUGAAGAGCAUCUCCAGCAGCCUCAAGGAGACCAUGAACCCUCAUGACAUUGUCCAGGACGCCAUUCACAACUUCUCCCCUGCCUACCAGCAGUAUACCCAGCAGUCGACACUGGAGCAUGGACCACCAUGGCGCAAUGGUGGCCAUGUCAUCUCACGCUCCCACAGUGUCUCAGGCAGCCGUGACAAUGAGAAGACACUGCUGCUGAGCUCUGACGAUGAGUUCUAAUAGGGGCCACCAUCCCCAGUUGCCCCCUGAGGCUGAUGAGGGAUGAUGGCUCAGUCUGGUCUGGAAUCUUUCUUUUUAUUUAUUGAACAAACAACACUAGUCAUAUCACUUCCUGGAUGGUGCUCAAUGCAGAAGCAAGCACUUCCCAUUAGCUUUUUGUGGGUCUAAACAUCACGAGCAGGGGGAACGGGUGGCUGGGACUUCAUUGUCACAAACCAUUUUUCUAAAGCAAAAAUCAACCGGAGCAGGUUUUGUUUCACAAGUGACUGAUUCAAACCAACAGACAUGUAUAGCAAUGGGGAGCAAAGCCCUAGGAAAGAGUGGACCAUGUUUUCCAUUUUUCUUUUUUUUCCCUUUUGUGUGUGGGGGUGCAGGAAGCGAGGUCAUAUCCUCCCACGCCCGCUAAGCGCUAUGGAACACAGAAAUAGCCAAAAAAGUUUUCUUACCAACUGGGCAGCUAAAUUACUUAUGCUCCUUUCUCCAUAGCAGUUGACAUGAAUGUAGCUGCUAGUUCCUUUUUCUUUUCUUUAUCAGUACUGCUGUGCUAACCUCUCUGAACCCUUUGGGAAGGGCAGUCAAGAGACACCUGUAAGAAUUCCUGAGAACCAGACCAAACCCUUGGUCUCCCUGCUACCAUGUUCUCUGUCUGCCCAAGGCCAUUGCCAGAUGCUUCAGAAGGAAACGCCUGUGCAUCACCCCCUUGUGCACUGAUUUAUACAGUUUGAUACUUGUGGGGGGGUGGGAGGUAGGGGGGAGCAGGAGAUUUUUCCUUCUGGCUCCAGCUGAUGAUCAAGUAAAGGCCUGCAGGAUGGGCAGUUACGAAGCAUAUUUUCUCUUUGUGGGCAAGGGGUUUUUAUGGUUACCAGCUCCUUAGGAUUCCCAUGUCUCCUACAUUGUAGGGGCAGAAUUCCUCCAUAGUGUGUCCAGCUCCUGCUACUAAUGAGACAUAGGACUAGCCAUGACCAGUAAUUAAAGUACAAUAGUUGUGGUUAGAAGUGUUAAAUAUGAUUGGUAGGCCAUUGGUUCUUUGUUUCCUACUCCUCUUCCUCUUCUCUCAGUUGGGGGAGACGGGGUAUCGGAACACUUCAGCCCUAGAUGUUUUAGUACAAACGCGUGUGCACCUUCUGAUUCAGUUCCAGCACAUGCACCAUUUUCCCUUCCCCUUUUCUUAUAAAAAUCCCUCUUUCAGCCUUGCCAUCCAUUGAUUUGCUUUGGAAACUGAAGGAGCAUUGCUAUAAGGAGGGGGUUUCCCGACAGGAAUGUUCUGCUCCCUGCUUGCCCUCCUUUCUGUUGUUUGGGACCCAGCUGGAGUAGUCUGAAAUGUUUACAUGUUCUGGCCAAUUUGUUUUACUCCUUUGUGGUUCCUCCAUGAUCUUCCAGAGUAGAGUUGCCAUAAUAUGUGAUAUAGCCCCCACAGCAACUGACACAAUAGAGACUAGAGCCAAAACCCAUUGAAGUCUAUGAGAGUUUUUCCUUUUGGUUUCAGUGGGAUUUGAAUCUGGUGUUCAGCAGGAUGAAGACAAAAAGGACCCCCCAGAAGAGCUGAAAAUCUUGCCAGGCACCAAAAAAUGCCUCUUGAUGGCUUAAAGUUGGGAUGUGGGGGGAACAAAGUGCCAUAGAUUGGUUGGACUUCUGCUACUAUUGUGACUAUUUGUGCUCAUAUUAAAACUGCCCACAAAAAAGGAACCAAAACAGGGAGGUGAACGUGAAGCUGCUGCUUUCCUCCAGGCUGUGGGCCUCUCCUCAUUCCUUUCUACCACUGCCACUGCUUUUGAAGCAGCCGUUAUGGUUUCAGGCCCCUUGGCUAGUUGUGGUUAGCAAGCACAUGCUGUCAGUGCACCCAGCCCCUCUGUUGGGGAGGCUUGAGGGGAAAAGCUGGGGCCUGACUGUGUUGCAUGUGGCUUACCUUUCUCUUCUGUGCCUUAAUUUUUACGUAGAUACGUAUGAUCCUAACAGCAGCAGCAAUGCUCCUAUAAUUGACCACAAUCCAAAGUCCAGUUUGACUGGCAGCGAAUGGAUAUGGGCCAAGAGGGGGGCAGGCUUAUUGAGAACAGAGUGCGUGUCUCUUGGAGAUGUCAGUGCUGACGUGGUUUGCCUUCCAUAUUAUGCUUUUGAGAAUAAGCUGGAGGGAAGGUGAAUAGGUUUCUGGAACACAGCGGUCCAGGGGUCUGGGAGUGGUGUGGGGGACUCCCUGGGGGGUAGGAGGUCUAAAAGCAAAUGUCUGUGGCUACCAGGACUGUCUGCCCUGCAGUCCCAUGCAAUAGGUUAUGAUUUUCUUUUUUUUUUUAAAUCAGUUACUACAUAACUGAAACAAAAAACAAUAAUCAGACCUUUCACAGGCUUGGUGCAAAAUUACCUUUCCCCACCUCCAAGCCAUUUGGAAAACAGAGAUGAAGUUCAAAUGGGUCUCCCUUCCAGUGACCUUUACUUUGAUCCACAAGCACCCCAUGAUGCUCAGAUUAUUUAUUUUAUAUUCACUCUUUUUUCAGAAGCAGACGCGGCAGCAGUAUAGACUCACCUCUGUUAAACUGGGGGUGUCCAUUCCCUGUACUUCCAGCUGCAGCACUCCCCCACAACACCUUUCCUCCUGUUUAACUUAUUUGUGGCAAGCCUCCCUAAUGUUCCUCCAUUGUGUUGGAGGGAUGGGCUGAAGUUUGGAGUCCCUGGGGUUUCCCCAUUGACCCUAAGAUAUCCCAGCUCUGGGGAAGGAUUUUUUUGUUUUAAUUAUUAUUAUUUUAAAAUGUAUGCUGCAUAUACUGUGCAUAGGAUCUGGAUAUUCUUGAAGCUUCCUGUAUGUAGGCAUUUAAAGCAUAACCCUUUUGCACUAGUUACCUUCAAAGGAACGUGGUAAAAAGUAGAGUCCUAGCUACUGCAGCCAGCCGCCAUAUACCUUUUUUUAGCGCCAUAUGAAAACAUCUCUGCUAAGCUUUCUGCUGUCUCUCAAGAUGGGCAAGUGCCAGAACAAUGACUGGUGCAGUAGCCACUUUGGCUAUUAAAAGUGCACAUAUGAUAAAACUCAGAGCUUGAGAUUUUGGCCACUGGGCCCUUUGAUCAUGCAUAUCCAACUCACAGUAGCCCAGGGCUGUAAACAAAAGUCAGUCCCACCAAUAGACCCCUGGUAGUUCUCUUCCCCUCUCCUUUAUAUCAUUUAACAUACCUGUGGAAUUUGUUUAUUAUUUUUCCAUGUAGAGUAGUUCUUUGUAUAUAAAUGACUGAAAAAAUGUAUGAUAAAUAAGACAGAGUCACCUAGUUUUGUACCUAUCGUGUAUAACUGAUGUGAGCUCAGCGACAAGCCGCUCUCUCUAUUUUGGUCUUUGUGACGUUAUACUCUGCAGAAACAAGCAAAUACAAUGACAAAUAAAAAUAUAUAGAUAAUAUAGAUUGUA